AUGCAGUUGAAAGGUUUGAAGACGUUUCAGUGCACGCGAGCGAUUGCGGAGGAGCACUAUCGCGACUUGUCUUCGAAACCGUUUUUCAAAGAUCUCGUCGAUUAUAUCAUUUCCGGGCCGGUCGUGUGCAUGAUUUGGCAAGGCCCGACUGGUACCGUAGCCGCCGCGAGAAAGAUGAUUGGAGAAACGAAUCCUUUAGAGUCUUUGCCUGGGUCUAUCCGCGGCGACUACGCCGUCGAGGUUGGCAGAAAUAUUAUCCACGGUUCCGACUCGGUCGAUUCCGCCGAGAGAGAAAUCAACUUAUGGUUUGCGGACGGGAACGGCGUCGUGGACUGGCAAAUGACGAACAACGGUUGGAUUCGCGAAUAA